AUGAGUAUCAUCAACUGCUACUCACCAACAUCAGCAGCUGAUGAACCCGAAUUGGACGCGUUUUACGAGGAGCUGGAGGAAGUAAUCCGCAACGAGAAGUCUUACAAAUUCGUUGUCGGAGACUUGAACGCAAAACUACGGAAGGCCACAGAAGAGGAAUACAGGAUUGGAAGAUUUGGACUAGGGGACCGGAAUGAAAAUGGCAAUCGUCUUGCCGGGCUGUUGCCCGCCGCGCGCCUCUUUCAUGGGAACUCUCUUUUGAUGAAAAAAGAUCAUCGUCGGUGGACAUGGGAAUCGGCCAAUGGCGCGACUCGUGCGGAGAUCGACCACAUACUCACCAACGGGAGGUGGUGUCUACUUGACGUCUCAGUAGUACCAUCCUUUUGUAGUGGUUCUGAUCACCGUCUCCUUCGUGCGAAAAUACGACUUAGCCACACGAUGGAAAAGAACAUCCGCUAUCGGCAACGAGAAAAGAAGUCGUCUACGACGAUUGCGUACUCGAGGACUCCUUGUCCCAAGGUGACUGGCACAUCGAGGAGGACCCAAACGUGGACUACGAGAUGCUACUCAGAGGAUUACGAGUCUGUGCUGAGCGUGCCUCGAAGCCGCGCACGACAAACAUGGAUCGAAUUUCGAAGACCACCAAGGAAUUGUUGGAAAGAAGAAGAACUUUAA